UGAGUGACUCAGGAUUUUCAGAGUCAGUUGUGACAGCAACAAAGGUAGGCAGGCCUUCUGAAGUCCAGGUUCAAAGUUUUGUGCUCUCUGCUCAUUGGUGGGAUGGUGCAUGCAACAUAGGAAAGUACUGGAAUUAAUUUACUUCUGGUGACAGGGGAUCAACAAAGAGCAACAAGCAAAAUAACAUUCAACAUUCUGGCAGGUUUGUGCCAGCUGGCUGUCACUGCCUCCAGGGGACUGUUCCAUUAUUUACCAGUCACAUUUCUCUAGUGGACUAUGUCAUCUCGAAAAUCUUACAAUCUCCCAAAGGCUAGAAAGGAAGCUUUUAAGGAUAUGGAGCCGGAAGAACCAGUAGAUGACCUUGACACAUCCAUCUCUGGACCGAUCUUUGAUGACUCUGCUCCAGAAACAUAUCAGGAAAGUCUUAUUGAUGCAACCAUGGAUGCCGAGAGUAUUGACCUUGGGCUGAGAGAUCCAUUACAGGAAAGCCCAGACCACAUUACUCCAACUAAGACUGGCAACAGGAGAAAGAUCUACGUGGAGCUGCACCAGCUUGGCAUGGAUGAAAACAGGGAUGAGCACUGGCAAGAAACAGCACGCUGGAUCAAAUAUGAGGAAAACUAUGAGACAUUACCAGAUAGAUGGAGCAAACCCCAUGUAUCCUAUCUCACUUUUACCAGCCUUUUGGUGGUCAAGAGGGCGAUUAGCAAAGGCUCUGUUCUGCUCGACCUGAAUGAGAAGUACCUGCCGGGGAUCGUUGAGCACACCAUUGAUCAAAUGAUUUUGGAUGGACAAUUACGACCACAAGACAGUGAACUUGUAAAGCGGACACUGCUUCUGCGACACAGUCAUCCUAAUAAACCAGAAAUACCAGAAGAUCUCAUGGUAGAGUCUCAGAUGGCAAAGGAAGAACAGAAGGAUGUUACAGCUGUGGAACUUCUAAUGAAAGGAGAGCGAGACAUUGAAAUGGGCCCUUACCCAGCCAAAGGAGAAGACACCAAUUUUGAUACUACGGAAGCCACAGUGGUUCUCAUGGGCUGUGUUGAAUCUCUGGAGCAGCCAGUUAUGGCUUUUGUACGCUUGAAGGAACCAUCUGAUCCAGACACUGUCUUUGAAGUACCUAUUCCUAUCCGUUUCCUGUUCAUCUUACUUGGUCCCAGUACUCCAAGCAUGGACUACAAUGAAAUUGGACGUUCUGUCUCAACCAUCAUGGCAGACAAGGUCUUUAAUAUGACGGCAUAUCUGGCCAGUGACCGACAAGACCUAAUCAAUGGCAUAGCAGAAUUUCUGGACGCCAGUAUAGUCAUCCCACCUACUGUUAUACAGAAUGAAGAGCUGAUCAAAUCCCUUGUGCCCUUUCAGGAAGAGCUUCUGAGGAAGCGAUACAGGCUGCCCGAAAGCAGGUCUGCAGUCCUCGUUCAUAAAUUGCAAGACCUGAAACAAAAGCUUGAAGAAGAUGACCCUCUUAAAAGAACAAGAAGACCCUUUGGUGGCCUGGUCAGAGACAUCAAACGCCGUUAUCCUAAAUACCUAAGUGAUAUCAAAGAUGCAUUCAAUCCACAAUGUUUAGCUGCUAUCAUCUUUAUUUACUUUGCUGCCCUUUCUCCAGCCAUUACUUUUGGAGGUUUGCUUGCCCAGAAGACAGAAAGCAUGAUGGGUGUUUCGGAGCUUCUCAUAUCAACAGCAGGAAUAGGAGUUUUAUUCAGUAUUUUAGGCGCCCAACCUCUCUUAGUGAUUGGGUUUUCAGGUCCUCUUUUGGUCUUCGAAGAAGCAUUUUUUCUAUUCUGUGAGUCCAAUGGCUUUGAGUAUAUCGUAGGUCGCGUCUGGAUUGGAUUUUGGCUGAUCAUAAUUGUUAUUGUGAUAGUGGCCUGUGAAGGAAGUUUCCUGGUCCGGUAUAUUUCACGAUUUACCCAGGAUAUCUUUGCUUUCCUCAUCUCAUUCAUCUUCAUCUACGAAACAUUUUCUAAUCUGAUCUCGAUUUUUCAGACACAUCCACUAAGGGAUAAGUACCCAGGAGAGUCUUUUAAAGCAGGAAACAUAACAGAAAUAAAGCCUAAAGACCCUCAGCCUAACACUGCUCUGCUCUCCCUUGUUCUGAUGGCUGGAACAUUUUUCAUUGCCUAUUUCCUGAGGCAGUUUAAGAACAGUCGCUUCUUUCCAGGAAAACUACGUCGUGUGAUUGGUGAUUUUGGUGUUCCUAUAGCCAUCUUUGCAAUGUCUAUGGCAGAUGUCUUCAUCCUUGAUACCUAUACUGAGAAACUUAAAGUGCCAAAAGGACUGGAUGUCUCCAACUCGACUGCCAGAACCUGGUUCAUACAUCCUCUAGGAAAGAACAAUGAUUUUCCCAUCUGGAUGAUGUUUGCAUCAAUUAUCCCUGCCCUGCUUGUUUUCAUCCUCAUCUUCAUGGAAUCCCAAAUCACAACAUUAAUUAUUAGCAAGCCGGAGCGUAAAAUGGUCAAAGGAUCUGGCUUCCAUUUGGAUCUCCUUCUGAUUGUUGGGAUGGGAGGCAUUGCGGCUCUUUUUGGUUUGCCCUGGCUGAGCGCUGCUACUGUAAGGACUGUCACCCAUGCCAAUGCCUUGACAGUAAUGUCCAAAACCAGUGGCCCAGGAGGAAAGCCACAGAUAGAGGAGGUCAAGGAGCAGAGAAUCAGUGGCUUGUUUGUGGCUGUUCUUGUAGGACUGUCAAUUCUGAUGGAGCCCAUCCUGAAACUGAUUCCUCUAUCCGUUCUUUUUGGCAUUUUCCUCUACAUGGGUGUCACCUCUCUGAAUGGAAUCCAAUUCUUUGAUCGCUUGCUUUUCCUGCUGAUGCCACCGAAGUAUCACAAAGACGCACCCUAUGCCUUGAAGGUAAAGACUUGGAAGAUGCAUGUGUUUACACUGAUCCAGAUUUUGUGCCUGGCAGCCCUCUGGGUAGUGAAGUCAACACCUGCGUCUCUGGCUCUUCCUUUCAUCCUCAUCCUCACAGUUCCUCUCCGCAGAUUUCUACUUCCCUGCAUUUUCAGAGAUGUAGAGCUGAAAUGUCUGGAUGCUGAAGAUGCAGUACCAACAUUUGAUGAAGUCGAAGGCCAAGACAUCUAUGAUGAAGCACCACUAUCUUCCUAAAAAUGAAGUGCUUAGCCUUUUCUAAAACAACUGUACAUAAGAUAGAUUUUUUUUAAAUACAUUGCCUUUCUGUAAGCUCAGAACAAUUUAAAACUGCAAUGCAACAUACUUUCUAAACCUUUAUGAGAUCAGCAUCCUAAUGAGUGGGAUUUGAAGAAAAAGAGGUGAAGGGAGAGCAAUUAGAUUUAAUAUGGAAGCUUGUUAUGUUAGCUGUGUUACCUAUAUGGGUGUUGGAUGGUCUUAGAGGUUUAAUAAAUGUCUUGAAAUAGCAUGAAGUAAAUGCAAACAAUCCAAAGUGGAAAUAUCUGAUGGGGCACAGCAGACGGCAAGGCAAUCCCACAUAACUGCAUUCAGGUUUGCUGAGUACAAAAGUACAGAUUUCUUCUUAUUAUGAACGCCUGAUACAUAUGACAAUAUAUUUGUAAUUCCAGGUAAAAACAUGGAUAUAAGUAUAGUGACAAUUUAUGUAAUUACUAAGCAGACUGAAUGCAGUAGCAGCCAAGUAACAGCUGUAUGAUGCAACCAAGCAGGGGGGAAUAAAUACAGGGAACAAUAACAGCAUAAGAAGAAGGAAACAAAAACUUCAAAAAUGUAGCAACUGCUGAAAAUGCAUGACAACUACAAUUUGGUGCAAGUUUGCCUUAACCUCUUAGGAGGCUAUCCAAACUCUCAUUCUGUUUCUGAUAGUGUCUACAUCAUCAAACCUUCUGUAUUCAGAUAACUAACAUAUUAUUUAAUAUUUUAGCUCAUGUAAGUUCCUGCAAACAUUUUUGAUUAGUUUCCACAUCUCUAUUACAAUUCCUUUAAACUGUACAGUGUUCUAAGGAAUGACACUUACAUUUUCCUCUUAAAAUAGAAAAAAAUGCUCUCAUUCAUACGCAAAGAUCUAAUUUCAAAGCAUAAUUGUAAAAUGAUGAGUAUUCUGUGUGUUACUUGUUUAUUACACAAUUGCAGUGUUGUGCGAAGCACAACUCAGGCCCAAUGGACAUGCUACAGCAUUGAUAAUCAACCUUGUUUGAAAAUGUUAUUGUCAAUUAUCUUACCUGAACAUUCCCCUUUUUUCAUCUUAUAAUAAGCUGUAAGGCAAUGAAGCCAAACCAUACACAACAUCACCUAACAAGGAGUCUGUGAAAAGGCUAACACUACAGUUUCCAGUGUCAUAAGACUGUAUGGGAGGGAACCAUAAAGAAAUUAGCCCUUACACAUGCUAUGUUGCGUUAUUUAUUACUUCAUCUCAGAAGCUCAUCCUCAUCCCAGUUGUGAAAAAGUGCUUCCUGGGGUCUUCAAGGGUAAAACAAUUAACAGGAAGCAAGGCAUUACUCUUUCUAGUAUUGUAAAUCAUUUCAAAUCAGCAAAUACCCAAUACGCUAUGCCAUGCUGGAAAUACUUCAGAGCAACAGGGUUGCCUUUUGCCAUUUUCCUUUCAAAGUCUGGAUUUUUAAUUAGAUUAUUUAUAAGCCUUUUCAUUUGUUCUUAUAGCUCUAAGUAAUUUUUUAAGAAUACUGCUUUACUCAUCCAACUGCACAUGUUUGGGGUGUAAUGUAAGAGCACUUUCACACAACUAAUGUGUAAAGGCACACUCCUAGACAGAUCACUUUUGGUUCCAUGUCUGUGUUAAACUUACAGGUGCCUCACCUUACUGAGGACAAUGGAAAUAGCCUUACACACUUAAUUCUAUCAGCUUUUACAGUUUUUAAUUUGUAUUUUAUAUGCAAGCUCUUUCAUUUUCUAUAUGAUCAACAUGGUACCAAAAUGAACUAAUCAACUUUUCAGAAAUCCUAUGCUUUCGGUGUUCUAAUCCUGUUUUCAUGCUAAUUUACAUCCAUGCCAUUUUAAAUUGUUAUAUUUUUAUUUUUUUUUUACAGGUUUCAUUAAGUGUGUAUAUUUAUUACUCAAGCACUCAGAGGUAACAGAAAAGUAUUUUUCCUGAAUGCUCUUAUGCUUGUAUAUAUGUGUGUGUGUGUGUAUGUUUGUAUGGAGUGAGAGAAAGACACGUUUGAAGAACAGACUGCCAAUUUUGCCUCUCCCACUAGGGAUAACUGUGUUAAAGGACAAUGCAAAGUUGAAUAUUAGUGAUCACCAAACAUCUGCUAUAAGUCCACUUGUAAUGUCAGUAGAUACGUUAGGGGAGUCAGCAUAUUUUAGGUAAACAGAAAAAUUCUUUCUACCUUUUUUCUCCAUGAGUGAAGAGGCUUGAUUUCUGUUUUUACAUGACCUAAGUUCUUCAUUUCAUCAAAUUCACUUUUGCAACCAAGCUGAUUACCUAAACGGAAUCAUUUCACAAUCAGGCACUUCGAAACAGGUCUUCACUGACUUAUAUCUAAAGGUCUGCAAAUCAUCAAACAUCAAUGACUACUUCAUUUCAGAUGUAACAGCCAGAAUAAUUCUGCUAUAUAAACACCACCACCACAAACAGCAGGGAUUGUCACCUGUCUUUGAAAAAGGAUAAUGAAUUUCACUGAAAUGUGUGUGUACCUCGAUAAAAGGGGAGUGACAUCGUAAAGACUUUGGUUCAGUUCAUGCUCUGUAAGAUUAAACUUCCUUUAAUAUACCCUGCAGACUUGAGCUGCAGUCUAUAUGCCUGUGUUUGGAAAUUUAUUGUAUACAGAGUAUUGUUCAGUACAGACUUCAGAAAUGUCCAUUAGUGUGUGUGUGUGUGUGUGUGUGUGUGUGUGUGUGUGUGUGUGUGUGUGUGUGUGUGUGUGUGUGUGUGUGUGUGAUACAGAUGUGUAGAAGUAACAGAUUAGUACCUUAGUCAACAAACAUGAAUCCCCCAAAACAGAAACCAAAUAAAAGCUAACCUACUACACAAAUUUUCAGUGUAAAAAAUGAACUUGUUGGGGAAUUCAUCUUACCAUGAAGUAAAUGCCUUUAUUUAUACACGUGUGAAAUGUUGUCUAAUAAAAUGAAAUAAUGUAAAUAUUCUGAAAUAUGUUGCUUUUAAUGUAAAAUGAAUAAAGGUUUAAAUUUUUA